AUAACUGAUCACGUGACAAAGAUGACAGGUGUUUGGCGCUUGGACAGUUUACCGUCCGAUGUUCUGAUCUUAAUUUUUAAUUAUUGUCAUGCCUUCGAUUUGGUUCGACUCAGUGAAGUUUGUACACGAUUUUAUGAUAUCAUACACGAUGAUACUCUUUGGAAAAAGAGGAGUAAUCAACCGCUCGUGACGAAUCAAGCUUCAGCGAAAUUUCGUGAAAGAUGUAAUCCGUUAUUAUGCCUCCGUAAAAAGUGGCAUGUUUCCCACAACUGGCAGUAUGGACGUUACAAGAAAAAAUUCAUUUUUUCACAAAAAGCAAAGCUGAUGCCAUGGUUACAAUUAACCGAUGAUAUAUUAUGGUGGAGCGGAGGUGAUAGACUGUGUGGUUUUAGACGGAGUGAGCCUCUUAGAGGAACUGUACUUGUUUUUAAUGAAAAUGAUAUCGGAAGCGAUAUUUGCAAAUUUGUUGUAAAAGAUGAAUAUAUUGUAUCUGGACAUAGAGAUGGUAGUUUGAAACUUUGGACUAAGGCAAAACGAGGAGAUGAUCAUAUUUGCUUCAGUAUAGAUAGGGCACACUCAUCUGAUGUGAAUGCUGUAGAUAAAAUUGGUCAAAUUAUUGUAUCAGGUGCUGGAGAUGGAAUAGUAAAAGUUUGGAAAUUACCCAAUAGAAGAUACACCGAACCAGCUUUGGCAAGUAUAAACGUGAGAGAUAGGAUAUGGUCUGUCGUAGCUGACCCAACAGGAUUAAAAUUUGCCGUAGGUUCAUCUGGAAAUGGUGAUGGACCACCUCUAAACAUAUUUGAUAUUGAAUGUUGCAGUAUAUCAGAUAUAGUAAAACACAAUUGGAGACGAGGAGCAGGAAUAUUAGACAUGGUUUGGGAUAAUCCACAUACUCUACUUACAUGUGGAUAUGAUACUUAUAUUAGAAAAUGGGAUAUGAGAUGUGGAAUGUGUGUAUCUUCAUGGGCUGAUCCUACAAGUGCAACAUUGUAUUGUAUUUCUUCAGAUUAUCAGCAUACUUUAGUUUCCGGAACACAAUUUAACUGUAAAGCUGUUUUGUGGGAUCAAAGACAGAAACACUAUAUACAGCUUUACUUCAUGAACUUACGAAUGUCAAGUCCUAUUUAUAGUAUCAGUUUUGAUAGUUGUCAUCUUUAUGGUGCAACAGAUCAACACUUAGCUGAACUCACAUUCUCAGGAUAUUCUUAUGAGGAAAUUAAUUACAGAGAAAUGUUGACAUAUGAAUUUGUUCAUGUUUAGUUUCACGAUAAUAUAUAAAUUAUAAGAAAUUUUAAAUAAUUUAUACAAUUCUUAAUGCUAAAUAUGCCUGAUUGGAAGAAAAAUUUAUAAUUGUAAACGUGGUCAAAAUAAAAAUUCUAAAAAUAUGUUUAAACAACACCGAUGUUUUAAAUGUAUACAUUACAUGAAUAUAUCGUUAAUGGUAUACAAAACUAAUUUCAGAGAUGCAUCUUCCAAAUUCAUGAUCUCUUAACGUUUUUAUAAUAUAUUUUAAAAUAUAAACAAUUUUAUACCAUACCACCUUUAACAAUAAUAUACACCAACAAUUAUUAGUUUAAAAUUAUUUUAAAAUCAAGCAUGAGUUAAGUAUCUGCUUAAGUAACAUUUUCCAUUGAAGUUAUACACAUUUGACUUUA